AUGUUCAGAUCGCGUCGUCAUGCUUUAUUCAGAAGAACAACAGUUGAUGAUGGGCUUGACCAAAAAGAACCAGAUGGCAUGGUUGACGCUGGAGUUCCUUUUCGUUUGAUUGACGUUCGAGCAUUUUGCGGCGAUCACAGCCAUGACAUUGAAUGCGGACACAAUGUGCGGUUAGUUGAAAACCUGCCAGUCUGCCCGAAAUAUAUGACUCUGAGUCAUUGUUGGGGCAAAAGGCUUGACGCCAAUGGCAUCACAACAAGAGGAAAUCUUCCCAGUCGUAUGAAAGAAAUCAACCUGGAUGAUCUACCUGCAAACUUCUGGGAUGCUAUCAGCAUUAACCGCCGACUAGGUAUUCGAUACUUGUGGAUCGAUGCGUUGUGCAUCAUCCAAGACUCGCAGGAUGAUUGGGCUCAAGAAUCGGUGAAGAUGGGCCAUAUAUAUGACAGCUCAUAUCUCACAAUCGCAGCGAGUGCCAGCGAGGAUAGUAACGGAGGAUGCUAUCGCGGGGCUGGAAUAAGGCAAGACAGUUUGGGUGGAGGGACUCUAAUCGAGAUCACAAACAAACUCAGGGUCAUAAGUCGUGAGACAUCAACCUUAAUCCUUUGGGCUCCAACUUUAAGUGAUGAUGACCCUCUUAGAGAGCCUGCCCUAUUGGUUGGCUGUCCUCUGAGCCAGCGUGGAUGGGUAUUUCAGGAAAGAAUUUUAUCGCCAAGGACGAUUCAUUUCACAAACUCCCAAUUGGUUUGGGAAUGCCGAGAAGUAUAUGAGAUGGAGGAUCGUCUACCUUUCGUCACACCCCAUGAUACUUUGUCCCUGGCUAUGGAUCGAGAGAUCUCUCCCGAUUGGAUAAAACGCAUCUGGUACAACUGGCUCAUCGGAUUCGGAUACUCCAGUAGAAAGUUCACUGUGAUGGAAGAUCGACUUAUCGCUAUAGCGGGAAUUGCAAGAUCUCUGCAUGAACGGACAGGCAUACCGUACAUUGCUGGUCUAUGGGCGAAGAACUUGGGUUUCGGGUUAGGCUGGCUUGAAGUGCCUAACGAUGGAACAGAAGAUCCUUCUCGACUAUCAAACAGACCUUACGCCCGACGCAGACCGACUUGGACUUGGGCUUCAACCGACCAUGAAUUCCAGUAUUCGUUGCGCAAUUUCAUAGAGGACAGGGAUCUCCACUACGUGGAUAGUAGAAUUAAAACUCUAGGGAACGUUGAUGACCCAUUUACGAUCAUAACUGGAGGAUGGUUGAAAAUCAGAGGGGGAGUUUACCGUGGUUCUGGUUCUUAUUUCACAGAGCUACAUUUGGAUAGGUCCCAGGAAGUGGUCCCGUUCGCAACUGAGCGUUCCCAAUUAGAGUCUUCUGUCUUCAACUGGAACGGAGCAUUGUCUCAGCCAUACUAUAUCCGAUUAGGACAGUUCUCAACCCGACCUACAUAUCGCACGGUUGUCGUUCGGGAAUCAUGGCUCAUAGUGCGGCGAGUGGAAGCAGAGGAGGAAGAGGAGAAAGAGUAUGAGAGAUUGGGCAUUGCUUACCGAACGCACACUAGUAGUCUAGAUGAGGGAGAAGGGCAGGACACGACGGAAGAGUAUAGGAGAUUGAGCAUUGGUUACCCAGUACCCACCAAGAGACUAGAGAACGAAUGGUACUGGGUGGAGGAGAAGGGGAAGAAGAAGUUGACACCUGCAUUCCGGGUGAUGGAUCUCAAGCUGGUGUAA